AUGGCCGCACCCAAGUUCCGCAUCGCUAUCUGCGGCGGCGGCAUUGGUGGGCUGGCGCUCGCCGUCGUCUUGGGGAAGUACGAGCAGAAGGACGCGCCGCUGGAGGUGAACGUGUACGAGGCGCGCCCAGAGAUAGCGACGUUCGGCGCUGGUCUAUCGGUGUGGCAGCGAACAUGGCGCGUUAUGCAAUUGCUGGGAAUGGAACAGGAGCUGUCCGACGCCUCGGUGCGGCCCCCGAGCAAGGGUCUCGGGCCCGGGUUCGUGUAUAGACGCGGUGACCGCGAGACUGACACUUACAACUAUCAUACAGUAAUGCUGCCUUCUGACAUGGUCGGGGUCCUCAUGAACAACAUUCCGCCCUCGUACAAGAUCCACAAUUCGAAGAAACUGCAACAAUAUGUCGAGGUGCUGGACGAUAACGGGAACCUCAAACACUAUGAGCUUCACUUUGCAGACGGCUCCGUCGCAGAGGCAGAUAUCCUCUUGGGUGCAGACGGCAUCAAGUCUGCCACGCGCAUGUGCAUGUACAAGUUAGCGCACGAAAGAGACUGCCCGCAAGACGUCGACCGUGACCACUGUACUCGAUGCCACAUUGCUACCCCAAAGUGGACUGGAAUCAUCGUCUACAGAUCGUUGUUCCCCACAGAACGUCUGAAGGAGAUGCAUCUUGAUCACCAGGGGCUCCGGUUUACGCUCUGCGUAUGUAACAAGUUUCCUUUCCCCGCAAGUACCCCGUGA